GGUUAUCGAACACCAACUUCCGGCGUCGCUGAAAUUAAAAGCACGUUUCCUCUCUGCAAAAAACUCACUGCAUUGGUGAUAAUUUCGUGAAAGACAUGGGUGAUUUAGGUCACCACGUUAACAGCAGAGCCUUAGAUAUAAUACAGAUUUCAUAAAACUACAUUUUGCCCAACCUCUUCCCAGUAGCCCUACUGUAAGCAGUUGUUGCUCUAAGCUAAAAAGAUGGCGGAAGGCGAGAAGAGCAGUGAGCCAGUGAAAGACAAGAACGAUCUGGAAAUUAUGAAGGAACUCGUGGAUGAACUGUAUAAUUUCAGGGAUCACUACUUUGUAACUCACAGUGUGGAUGAAGCUGGGAGGAAACAAAGUGAUGUUGCACAGGAGAUAGAGAAGACACUGAAGAAGCUGGAGGAGAAAGAAGAGCGCUAUAAACACAAAGCUGAGUUUUUGCUGCAGAAGGGUAGGUGUCUGAACGUAGCUCCAGACUUCAGUGCUGUAGCAGAAGAGUUCCUUUCCCGGGCUGUGAAGCUGGAGCCUAGCCUGGUCGAGGGCUGGAACACAUUAGGCGAGCAGUACUGGAAAAAAGGAGAUUUGACCGGUGCCAAGAACUGCUUCAGUGGGGCAUUGCAGCAGAGCAAGAACAAAGUGUCUCUACGCAACCUGUCCAUGGUGCUGAGGCAGCUGCCGGCAGCUGAUAGUGUUGCCCAUGGCAAGCAGGUGCUGGAGAGCGUGGACAUGGCCCGACAAGCUGUCCAGCUGGAUGUCACAGAUGGAACGUCAUGGUAUAUUCUGGGAAAUGCCUACGUGUCCCUGUUUUUCAAAUGUGGACAAAAUCCACAGCUGUCUCAACAAGCUCUAAGUGCCUAUGCACAGUCUGAGAAAGUGGACAAAGCUGCCUCUUGUUACCCUGAGUUACAUUUCAACAGAGCCACUCUGUUCCAGUACGAGGAGAUGUUCGGGUCUGCGCUAGGCGGCUACAGCCAAGCGGCAGCGCUCGACCCGGGCUGGGAGGACCCUCCAGAGAGAGAGAAGCAGCUGCUGGAGUAUUUGGAGAAAGUCACAGAACUUGUACAGAACAAGGGGAAGAUGAAGGCGCGUCGGUUACGGACAAUGCUCUCUAACCUCAACACAUCGAGUCUGGGCCCCUGCUCCUCCCCUCAGUUUCGUUCCCCCACGGGCCGCGUGGGCAGCCUGGAGCCUCGAACGUUUUCUUCCCUCACACACGGGCAUAACACAGGGGUGGCCGCCCUGGGCAAGGUGGUAUUCAGCCUGGCCUCUGCAGGUCACAUGGCCUUUACGUUCGGCAUGGUGGACAGUGAGGAGACGUGUAUAGUGGUGAUGGUAUACAAUACAGCAGACAGCUGGGGCGUCCUGAUAGGGGACUCUGUAGUCGUUCCUGAGCCUCAGGUCAAACGACAUAGUAUAACACAUAAAGAUAAGUUGUUUGACUUCAGAAGCAUUCGAGUGGACUCCCCUCUGCUGCUCAUUGUUAACGGCAAGAAACAAAACAUUCACAGUCAAAUUGCUGCCUCUGUCAGCUACAAGCCCCAGAGUGAAUGAGCUGAGCAAGAAGCAAGAGGACCACUUUUUUUUUUUUUUUUGCUGGAUGUUAGAAGAGUUGGCAUAGCUGUGGAAGUUUGAAAAUUCCCAAGUCUCUGCCAGUUUUUUGUAUUUUGUAAAUAGAAGUCAUUAUGUUAAACUCUCUUUAGAGACAGUUUGUUUAUAUUUAUGUUUCUCUUUUUUUAUAUUCAGUUGUGUGGAUAACAUGGAGUUCUUUUUGUAAAUGAAUAAAUCUGGGAUGACGACAAUGUGAUGAAAUUUACCUUGAACAGUUUGUGGUAUCUUAAAAGAGCAGUUUUCAAAGUAGGAUCAUGUGUCCAUCGGGGUUCCCAAAAUGCCCCAAAUGUGUUUAUAUAGCUGUAUAGGCUCUUUUUACUAAGGACAUUUUAACUUAGGAUAGUAGAGACGUAUAGCUGUUACCAAUAUGAAUAACAACGGCUCCUUUCUGUUUGGGUAAGUUAUGACAGAAAGCCAGCGUAAACAAUGCCUGAACCUUGAAAAUGAAGUGGCUAAAUAGCAUUUCCACCAUCAUUCAUCAUAUUAAUUACACCAGUGCUUUACCUACUGUCACAUAUCAAAAUGUCUAUCAUGUAAAAAGUCUAUUCUGCCCUACAGAGGCACAAUACAAUAAACACGUACUUGGUCAAAUGUCACCUGCAGUAUAACCUGCACCUGACUUUCU